GGGGGUCUUAGGAACAGCUACAUCAGUGUGAAGGCUUAUGGUGAAAUUUCUUACCUUAUUAUUGUUUGUUAAUAAAGGUAAACUUCAGAAAGAGGGAACCGACAUAUGUGGUCAUGCAGUUUUGCUGCUUGUCUCAUCAGAAGGCUUCUUCCCUGUGAGGAAGACAUUGCUCAAGCGCAUCUUGGCUUCACGUCUAAGAUGAAUGAAGACGACAAGCCCCGCUGCUCCAAACAGCAAGAUGAAGGAGAACAUACACGUCAGCCUCAUAAUUAUUGUUCUCAAACCAAUCCACUUUUGACCCAGGAAAAUGAACUGCAUGCAAUCUCCAAGACACGCUCUUCACUCAUCGUCUCAUCUUCUCAGCUGCCAUUCCUUUAUAAUACCAUCUACAAGAGUGAUGUCUGUGUGAGUGCUGCAUGCUCAAGGAAUGCAUUUGUGAACAACCUCACCAAAGGCCCUGUGAGGAUUAAGGAAAAAAAAAGUCAAUCUUGGGCUGUAAAGAAGAGGCAUGGCCCAAGUUUGCCCUCCAAAAGUUCUGAUUCUGUCCCAUUGAAAUCAAGGAGUACCCACAAAACUGCACAGAGAAAAAUGAACAGAACAUAUGGUGCCUUCUAUCAGUCAUCAUUACUGUUUCUUCAGCUAUCUCAACACCCCACAAAUAGAAAAUGAGUGUGAAUUUCUUCCUGCUGAAAGAGGAAAGAAGAAAUGCUGACUAAACAAACAGUCCUCCAAAGAACAUUCUCUCAAAAAUACAUGUACAGUAAACUGCAAACGAAGGAGAACAUGGCAGAUUAGCUGGAUAGACAAUAGGUAGAAUCCAUGCAAGAAGGAAAAGUACCUGGAUUUUGAAAUAUGAAAUAUUAGGAACAUGAGUACCAGGAGUAUUAUCACUCAGAGUGAAAGAGAAAAUCCUUGAGGAUUUAGGCAAAAGUGAGACAUGCUGAGCAUCUCUCUGGAUUCUGGCUCUGGAAAAAUGCUUCUGUAAGUAUAGUGUCUGGAUUAAUCAUAGAAGUCUUAGAUGAGAGAAUUGGAAAAGGACUAUAAGAUCAUCAGGUUCAUCCUUCUGAAGAGGCAGAAUAUAGUCCCCUAGAGAGAAGACACUAGUUAUUGAACAGAUCAUAGCCAAAAGCCCAACAAGAAACAUUCUGUCAUAGAUGGAAGGCUGCAGAAGCUUCUAAUUCAGUGUCACAGGGUUGUCUAGGCCCAGAGGCCCCUGGCUGGAGGCCUCAGUAUCCUGCUACACCCCUCACAGGAAAAGCACAGAAGAGGAGUCCUCCAAUGAGGCCUAGCAUGGCUGCAAGGGGAAGAAGCUAGUCAGAGAGGUUGCAGGGAGCAGCCCGUCAGGGCCCAGGAGGACCAUAUAAAAGGAGCUACAAGGAGGUCAGCUCCUUGCUGGAGCUAGAGGAGUACAGGGUAGCUCCUGAAUUGCAGCACCAUGGACACCUCAGUGCUGGCAGGGCUCAGAGAGCGAGAAAGAGCUCCUGGCUGGCUGCUGAGCCUGAACUUAGAUGAGCCUUGAGGUAAGGAUAAAGCUUUGGCAAAGGCUGGGGUUAUGGAGAAGUGGCCCAGGGAAUUGAAAGCAGUGUAGUUAAAGGGACAUGGUGGCACCUAGCUGCUAUUCUUAGGGUCCCUGGGCUGGGACCCAGAGUAGUGGGUGGGCCUGGGGUUCCCCUCAACACACCCUGUAGGCCACUGUGGAGCUGACCUACAAUCAGACAGUGAUAAACCCCCAGAAGGGGAACUGAACUACUUAGUGGCCCAGCUAAAGAGUUGUGACCAGAAUAGACCUAGAGGGCGAAACCAUUGCCUCCAGGGAUGAAGUCCUGGGGGUGUGGUCUGAUACCAGGGCUGGAACUAUUUAAAGACACAGCCAGCCAGAAAGGGUGCUUGCGAGGGGUGGAUGCCACACUGUUACAUUAAACCUAGAUAGAAAGGAAGCUAGAUCUGCCACACCUGGUAAGCGACCCUGUUACUUUAGUCAUAUGGGGUUUUAUGCCAUGCCUUAGGGGACACCAUGAUUAAAAAUAAGCAAAAUUAAUCACUAGUGUUAACUAUGCCUAUUUUAUUGUUUACAAAAAUAAUCAGAACACAAACAAUAAAGAACGGUUAUUUCAGCUACAAUCUCUUCUGUAAAUCCCUCUGUGGAGAGCUUUCACCAGAGAUUGUGUCUUUGAGGCUUGGUGGGGACCAAGGUAUCUUCUUCCCCAAAUUAGUAGUGAUUUCUGUCUUAGUGUAUCUGUUACAGAGUAGCUGUUCCCAGUGCCCCUGGAUCAGAGCAGGGGAGUCCAAUACAGCCAAUUAAAGGGGGCUGGGCUACACCUUGGCCUAGAAAGGGCUGCUGGUGGGCAGGAAGAUGGUGCUGGAUUGGGACAGACAAUACCUGGGGAGGUAAUGCCACAGUGGAGUGGAGAUAAAUCUGGUGUAAGGUCCCCUGGAGCAAGGGGCCAAGGGCUCUGGGAGACAGCCCUGAGACUGCUGUCCCAGAGCAGAGGUAGCCCUGGCAAGAACUGGAAAGCUGUCAGAGGCCUUUGAGGGUACAUCUACAGAGGGAUAAAAGAUCUGUGGGAUGGCCAUGGCUGACCCAGGUCAGCUGACUCGGGCUCAGUCUGCAGGACUAAAAAUUGCUAUAUAGAUGGUUGGGCUCAGGCUGGUGCCCGAGCUCUGGUACCCUCAACUCUCUCAGGGUCCCAGAGCUCAGGUUCUAGCCCAAGCCCGAGUGUCUAGACCGCAGUUCUUCAGCCAGAACCUGAGCCCCACAAGCCCAAGUCAGCUGUUUGUUUACUUGCUUCUACUUAGAAAAUAAACCUGCUUUAAAAAAAUUGGGUGUGGCAGUGCAUAUCUUGAAGCUGGGGAGAAACUCUGCUCAAGUGACAAUUCAGAGAAAUUUAUAAGCGCAUCUUUCCAUAUCUCCAUGGAAGGAAGAAACACACUUCUUUCAGGCUUGGCUGGAUUCAAAAUUAGCUGUUGUCAUCCUUUCAUUGGCUUAGCACCUUUGUGGGUUUGUCUUAUGAGCAGUUUCAGGUGAUGAAUAGGUUAUUGGCUUCUACGUAUACAGUAGGGUUGUAAAUUUUGUUCAGUUUGAUGAUUAUAUUGCCUGCAGCUUUGUAUGGGGAAAUUCUCAGAUCAUCUUUAAAAAUUAGAAUUUUAACUUUUUCUUUUAUUCAAUGAAUUUUCUGAGAUAGCCCUCUAAUUUCAUUAGGGCAUAAUAAGAGUUGAAAAUCUGUUUCAAAUGAGUCCAAACACCUUUACUUUUUACAGGAAGAGAUUUUCAGUUCUCAAAGUAGACUUUUUAAACUUAUUUCUUAAAGAGUGUCUAAAUUUAAAUAGCAAUUAGAGAAGGUAAUGGCUCUUCUUAAUAAUCUUUGGAGAGAUGGCUCUUGUCUUUCUGAGUUGGAUAUGGAAAUUGCUUGAGCUUGCCAGAUAAAAAAUCCCCCAAUUAAUAGUAAUAUUUGUAUACUCAAAUGGCUUCUUAUAUUAGUAACCAGUCUAACAAGGUCAUUGGAUUCCAUGUUGGUACAUGAAGCAUUUUAUCAUUUACAUAGCAAUGAUAAUAGGAAGUUCUUACAUUAGCAGCUUUGCAUUUUGAUAAUAUAGUUCCAAAUAUAUAUCUUAUGAGAAACUGGUGCCAUCUUCAAGCAUUUCAGGAAUAAAGAGGAAACAUCAGUUAGAUAGAAGUAACCAGCAUCUUCUAGAAAACAUUUUCCAGCCCUCCAUUUUUUCUUGAAGUGUGAAGGCUUUAGAAUACCUAUAGAGUAUAAUACUUUCAAUAAGAAAUUUGUAGGAGUAUAACUGAGGUUUGUCUCUAUGAAAGGAGGUGGGGGGAGCAUACGUUUAUGACUUAGUUUUAUAACUCUGAUAACACAUCCCUACUUUCUUCUUUGCUCCUAAAUAAACACCAGGACUCUUUCUAGAGUAUAAAUAUCUUACAAAGUCCCCCACCCACUUAGGUAAGAUCAUAUCAAUACCAACUGGUAUCUUAUAUAAAAUAUGUGUCAUGUUCUUUGAUAAAACCUCCUUAAGAUUUGUUUGCUUUUUGACCAAAACAGUCCUUGGAUUUAUGAUCUGCCAUUUGCAGAAUGUUUACAACUUGCAAAUUGUAUUUUAUACAAGACACAGUAACCAAUGCUUAUUAUAUAUAUUUUCAAAACGUAGCAUAAAAGAAAAUAGUAUAGAAAGUUCAAUCAAGACAGAAGUUAUAAAAGCUUAAUUUUAGAGUCUGUAUAAACACACUUGGGUGUUUUCUCCUUUGACUUGAGACUUGUCCCUGAGUGACAGAAAGCAGAAACAUGGAAUUUCUGUAAUUAGCUUGCAUAUCUCAGUCAAUAAAAUGACCAACCCAAACCAUAAGCAUAUGAUGUUAUAUUCUCCAGGCAUUGUGGGUAUAAAAUAGAGUAUCUCUUAAAUUCAGUAAAGGUGCAGGCAAGCUUGUAAUGACCUAACAUUAUGAGAAUAAAUUAUUAUAAUCUUAUUAAUAACCAUUUUUGCAUAAAUAUUUGUUUCCUCCCUACAGCUGUAUUGUCCAUAGUAAAAAAAAAUGCCAAUCCAGAUCUGGUUAUUUAAAAAAUUCUUUCUGAUAAAAGACUUUUAAAAAGUUGAAUCUAGUUUUUUAUGUGAGAAUGCCUCUUUAAAAGAUUAUCUUCUUGCAAGUUAUACCAAAUCUAUUCUCCAGGCCUCCACUGGAUAUUUGCAAAUUAUUAUUAUUUGUAUUAUCCUAGUUCCUAGCUGCCUCCGUUAUAGACUAGGGCCCCAUAAUCUGGCCACUGCAGAUAGGCCUAUUUAGGAAUUAUAUGACUAUCCUGAGUUAUCCUACUUUGUAUUUUUGGAGAGUCUAGUCAUGCUAAAGCUUUUGGAAAACCACUUGUAUGAGCCUUGAUAUCUUUGGGUGUUUGGACAGGGAAAUGAAUCCAGAUACUCUGCACUGAAGUAUAUAGAGCCAAUACCAUUAGGCCCCGGAGAUGACUCUAAAUAUAUUUGUUUGUUAGAUGUUUUAAAGGACUUGUGGCACACUACCUUAUCACAAGGAAAGGUAAAUUAGAUACAAAUAUGCAUAACGUUAGUAAAAAAAAUGUGAUCUGCUACUGGAAGGAUCACUCCAUCAUUAAAGAAAUGGGUCACAGCUCUUUCAUAUGCUGGCACUCCAAAACAAGUUAUCUUAGGUGUAAGGGAACAUGGAUAGAUAGCUUGACAUUUGGAAUCCUUUCCUUGAUUUUAUGAAUAUUUGAAACUCAUUGUAAGUUAGUAGGAUGACUGAGCAGAAAGAAAAUACAAGUUAGGCAGUAAAGCUGCUCAUCGAGAGAGAAACCAAACAAGACAACACGAGCAAAGAGAGUCACAAUAAAACUUCCUUCACCUUAGCUGGGCCAAGCACAAUCUCGCCCUUCCCCAGGUAUACUCCUUACUUCAGCCAUUUUUCCUCUUUGUGCAGAUGUUCAGGGGAAGAGAAAGGGAAGCUGGAAUUAACACAUUACAUACUGGGGACCAGACUCUAUCCCUGCAUACUAUCUCAUACAACUCUUUGUUUUGUGGAAUGCAUGCUCCUUUGAGCAGUAUCAUAUCAGAAAACCUCCGCUCCAUCACCUCUCCUCCUUUUUAAUUUACCUCUUCUUUCUUUCCCCUCUGAUGUGAGCAUUACUAGUCCAACUUUUAUGUUGCAUAGAAUGUGAAUAAUGUAGAUGGCUUACAGAGGGAGGGACUGAAUCUGUAAAAGGAGCAAAUAUUCCUUGUUUUA